CGUCCGGGACGGUGAUCGAGCGAGCCCGAGGAUGGGACGGCGCCCGCAGCUGCGGCUCGUCAAGGCCCUGCUCCUCCUGGGGCUGAACCCCAUCUCCGCCUCCUUCCAGGACCAGCACUGCGAGAGCCUGUCCCUGGCUGGCAAUGUCUCUGGGCUGCAGUGCAAUGCAUCCGUGGACCUCAUUGGUACCUGCUGGCCCCAGAGCCCCGCGGGGCAUUUGGUGGUUCGACCCUGCCCUGCCUAUUUCUUCGGCGUCCGCUACAACACCACAAACAACGGCUACAGGGAGUGCCUGGCCAAUGGCAGCUGGGCUGCCCGCGUGAACUACUCCGAGUGCCAGGAGAUCCUCAGUGGGGAGAAGAAGAGCAAAGUACACUACCAUGUCGCUGUCAUCAUCAACUACCUGGGCCACUGCAUCUCCCUGGUGGCCCUCCUGGUGGCCUUUGUCCUCUUUCUGCGACUCAGGAGCAUCCGGUGCCUAAGAAACAUCAUCCACUGGAACCUUAUCUCGGCCUUCAUCCUGCGCAAUGCCACGUGGUUUGUGGUCCAGCUCACCAUGAGCCCCGAAGUCCACCAGAGCAAUGUGGGCUGGUGCAGGUUGGUGACAGCCGCCUACAACUACUUCCAUGUGACCAACUUCUUCUGGAUGUUCGGGGAGGGCUGCUACCUGCACACGGCCAUUGUGCUCACCUACUCCACCGACCGGCUGCGCAAGUGGAUGUUCAUCUGCAUCGGCUGGGGUGUGCCUUUCCCCAUCAUCGUGGCCUGGGCCAUCGGGAAGCUGUACUAUGACAAUGAGAAGUGCUGGUUUGGCAAAAGGCCUGGGGUGUAUACUGACUACAUCUACCAGGGCCCCAUGAUCUUGGUCCUGCUGAUCAAUUUUAUCUUCCUUUUCAAUAUCGUCCGCAUUCUCAUGACCAAACUCCGGGCGUCCACCACAUCUGAGACCAUUCAGUACAGGAAGGCUGUGAAAGCCACUCUGGUGCUGCUUCCCCUCCUGGGCAUCACGUACAUGCUGUUCUUCGUGAACCCUGGGGAGGACGAGGUCUCCCGGGUCGUCUUCAUCUACUUCAACUCCUUCCUGGAAUCCUUCCAGGGCUUCUUCGUGUCUGUAUUCUACUGUUUCCUCAACAGUGAGGUCCGCUCGGCCAUCCGGAAGAGGUGGCACCGAUGGCAGGACAAGCACUCGAUCCGUGCCCGCGUGGCCCGCGCCAUGUCCAUCCCCACCUCCCCGACCCGGGUCAGCUUCCACAGCAUCAAGCAGUCCACGGCGGUCUGA